CCCGUCGCUAUGAGUCCCAUGGCGCCUACUACACAGGAGGCUCUGGAGAUCGCGGGGCGCAUCAUCGACCGGCAGAUCCAGGAUGAUCGCUGCUACCCGGACCUCUCCGAGCUGCUGGCGGUCCCAGCGCCUGGUAACGCUACUGUUUCUGGUAUGGCAGAUAUGGAUUAUCCUCUGCAAGGACCGGGUUUGCUGUCAAUGCCUAAUCUUCCAGAGAUCAGCUCAGUUCGCAGAGUCCCACUUCCCCCAGAGCUAGUGGAACAAUUUGGACAUAUGCAGUGCAAUUGCAUGAUGGGGGUAUUUCCCGAAAUCAGCAGAGCUUGGCUGACCAUUGACAGUGACAUCUUUAUGUGGAACUAUGAAGAUGGGGGAGAUCUGGCAUAUUUUGAUGGUCUCAGUGAAACUAUUCUUGCAGUGGGUCUUGCAAAGCCAAAGGGAGGUAUCUUCCAGUCUCAUGUACGACACUUGCUUGUUCUGGCUACCCCUGUGGACAUUGUGAUUUUAGGGCUCAGUUGUGCUAAUGUACAAGCAAGUACUGGAUCACUCAAUGACAGUAUGUCUGGUGGCAUGCAGCUGCUACCAGAUCCUCUCUAUUCACUUGCUACUGACAAUACAUACAUUCUGGCAAUAACAUCUACUGACAACGGGCGCAUCUUUUUGGCUGGAAAAGAUGGCUGCUUGUAUGAAGUAGCAUACCAGGCUGAAGCAGGCUGGUUGAGCCAGCGCUGUAGAAAAAUUAAUCAUUCAAAGAGCAUGUUAUCUUUCCUUGUUCCCUCAUUUCUGCAGUUUACAUUCUCAGAGGAUGAUCCUGUAGUUCAAAUUGCUGUUGACAACUCCCGAAAUAUCUUAUACACCCGCUCAGAAAAAGGAGUGCUGCAAGUUUAUGAUUUGGGACAAGACGGUGAAGGAAUGACCAGAGUUACUUCUAUUUCACAAAAUGCUAUAGUUUCUGCUGCUGGGAGCAUUGCCAGAACAAUAGACCGUUCUGUAUUCAAGCCUAUUGUUCAAAUAGCAGUGAUAGAAAAUUCAGAAUCCAUAGACUGUCAGCUACUAGCAAUCACACAUGCAGGUGUCCGACUGUAUUUUAGUACUUCACAAUUUAAGCAUCCAACAGCUCGUCCCUCCAUGUUAACCUUGGUUCACGUCCGUUUGCCACCUGGAUUUUCAGCUUCCUCUAAUGUGGAGAAGCCUGCAAAAGUUCACAGAGCUCUUUAUAGCAAAGGGGUCCUGCUGAUGGCAGCUUCAGAAAAUGAGGACAAUGACAUCCUGUGGUGUAUCAACCACGAUUCUUUCCCUUUUCAAAAGCCAAUGAUGGAAACACAGAUGAUCACCCGUGUCGAUGGACAUUCCUGGGCUCUUUCAGCUAUUGAUGAAUUUAAACUUCAGAAGAUUGUAACACCACUAAAUAAAGACAUUAUUCCAAUAACUGAUUCACCUGUUGUUGUGCAGCAACACAUGCUGCCACCCAAGAGAUUUGUUCUGCUUUCUGCCCAGGGGAGCUUUAUGUUUCAUAAACUGAGACCUGUCGACCAGUUGCGGCAUCUGCUUGUUAGCAACGUAGGGGGAGAUGGAGAAGAGAUUGAAAGAUUUUUCAAGUUACAUCAGGAGGAUCAGGCCUGUGCUACUUGCCUUAUCUUGGCUUGUUCUAAUGCUGCGUGUGAUAGAGAAGUAUCUGUGUGGGCUACUCGAGCAUUCUUCAGGUACGGUGGAGAAGCACAAAUGAGAUUUCCAUCAGCUCUGCCUCCUCCAAUCAAUGUUGGAUCUCUCUUGGGUUCUCCACUUUCUGCCAUGACAGGUCCAGGUCAAAGACGGCACCAUUGUUCUGCUACUGGUUUCUCAGUUUGCCCAAAGGGCACUCCACUGACUGAUGGUCCAUCUCAUACUACUGGCCUUUUUGCAGCACCUGGGCUAGGAGUAACAUUUAAUUUUACUCUAGAUUUACCUUCUCCUCCACCAUCUCCUGUAAUGAUGGGUCCCGAGAUAGUAUUUUCUGGAAGACACAACGGCAUCUGCAUAUACUUUGCUCGCAUUAUAGGAAAUAUUUGGGAUGGUACUAUAGUCGUGGAGAGAGUUUUCAAAAGUGGCAAUAGAGAAGUUGUUGCAGUAGAAAGCAGUGUUCCAUCCCAUGUGCUGGAAUGCGUCUUAAAAGAACUAAAAGGUUUACAAGAAUUUCUGUCCAGAAAUUCACAGUUUGCUACAGUAGGAGCCCUUGGAAACCCAAGUUUCAGCACACCAUCCAAUCUACAGCAGAGGCUCCUGGGUUUCAUGCGGCCUGAUGGUGGAAGUUCUCAGCAAGUCCAGCAAGAACUCCAGAGGAAAUACCAUGCUGAGGCACAGCUAACUGAGAAGACCUCACUUCAAGGUAUCCAGCAGCUUGUUAGUAAAACCUGCCAGGCGCUGGCUUUAUGGAAGUUGUUGUGUGAGCACCAGUUCAAUGUUGUUGUGGGUGAACUUCAAAAGGAACUUCAAGAACACCUAAAGAUUACUGCUUUUAAAGACUUGGUCAUCAGAGACAGAGAGUUGACAGGGGCACUCAUAGCUUCUCUUAUAAACUGUUACAUCAGAGAUAAUGCUGCUGUGGAUGGCAUCAUUGCCCAUUUGCAAGAUAUCUGUCCUCUUCUCUAUAGCACUGAUGAUGCUGUGUGCUCCAAGGCAAAUGAACUGCUUCAGCGAUCUCGACAGGCUCAGAGCAAACUGGAAAAAGAGAAGAUGCUAAGAGAAUCACUGCAAGAGUACCAGAAGAUCAGCAAUCAAGUAGACCUUGCUAAUGUUUGUGCGCAGUAUAGGCAAGUCCGUUUCUAUGAGGGAGUAGUUGAACUCUCUCUUACAGCUGCUGAGAAGAAAGACCCUCAAGGUCUUGGCCUCCAUUUCUAUAAAAAUGGAGAACCAGAAGAGGAUAUUGUUGGACUCCAAGCUUUUCAAGAGAGAUUGAACAGCUACAAGUGUAUCACUGACACCCUUCAAGAGCUAGUGAAUCAAAGUAAAGCUGCUCCUCAGUCUCCCAGUGUACCCAAAAUGCCAGGUCCUCCAGUGCUGUCAUCUGACCCAAACAUGCUAAGCAAUGAAGAAGCUGGACAUCAUUUUGAACAAAUGCUAAAGCUGGCUCAGCGUUCAACAGAUGAACUCUUCAGUAUUGCACUUUACAACUGGUUGAUACAAGCUGACUUGGCAGACAAACUGUUACAGGUUACUUCCCCCUUUUUGGAGCCCUACCUUGUGCGGAUGACCAAGAUUGACCAAAACAAAGUCCGUUACAUGGAUUUAUUGUGGAGAUACUUCGAAAAGAACAGAAAUUUCAGUAAUGCAGCCAGAAUCUUGGCUAAGUUGGCUGAUCUGCAUAGCACAGAAAUUUCACUUCAGCAGCGUCUCGAAUACAUAGCACGUGCCAUUUUGAGUGCCAAAAGUUCCACUGCCAUAUUCUCUAUUGCUGCAGACGGUGAAUUCCUACAUGAACUAGAAGAGAAAAUGGAAGUUGCAAGGAUUCAGCUUCAAAUACAAGAAACAUUACAACAGCAGUAUUCCCAUCAUUCUUCAGUGCAAGAUGCAAUCUCCCAGCUUGAUGCUGAACUGAUGGAUAUAACCAAGCUGUACGGAGAAUUUGCUGACCCUUUUAAGCUCUCAGAGUGUAAGCUUGCAAUUAUACAUUGUGCUGGUCAUUCUGAUCCUAUCUUGGUGCAAACCCUCUGGCAGGAAAUCAUUGAGAAAGAGUUGACUGAUAGUGUGUCUCUCAGCCCUGCUGACAGAAUGCAAGCACUUAGUCUGAAGAUGAUACUGCUUGGAAAGAUUUAUGCUGGCACACCUCGUUACUUUCCUUUAGAUUUCUUAGUGCAGUUUCUAGAGCAACAUGUCUGCACUUUGAACUGGGAUGUAGGUUUUGUAACACACACCAUGCAAGAAAUUGGAGUACCGUUGCCAAGACUGCUAGAAGUGUAUGACCAGUUGUUUAAAGCACGGGACCCAUACUGGACUAGAAUGAAAAAGCCUUUGCACCUUUUAGAGUGUAUUCAUGUAUUAUUAUCAGGAUAUCUACGUGAUCCAAGCAGAGUACUUCAGAGGCGACGAUUUACCAAUGUUUGUUUGGAUGCCAUAAGUUGCUACUUGGUUGAACUUCAGUCUAUGAGCCCAACGCUAGCGGUUCAGACUAAUACUGGCAACUUUAAAUCACUACAGGCUAAAUUAGAAUGGCUUCACUGAUUGACAUGUAUAAUAACAGAUGACAUAAAAGUUCAUACGUCUGCAUUGAAUCUUUGGAAGAACUCCUCAAAGAAAUUCUAAGUUUCAUAUUUUGCUGCAGAUAUCAAUUGUGGGGCCUGGGUUCAUACUGUUUUGAAAGUAUCUACAAAUUGUAGAAUGUAAAUGUGACUAACGGAGUUGCCCUAAAUACUACCAGAUUUUGUAACAAUAGAAACUUUCUUUUCUACUCUUGAAAUAAAAUUGUGUGCAUCUUGUGCACA